CGGCAAGGGGCGCGGCUGAGAAGCAUUAAAUGCGUAUUUUUUUUUUUUUGCUUUUGAAUUAAUGUUGACGAUUCCCACUCAAAGUCCCAUUUUUUCUUCCCGAAUAACCAAAAAAAACAUCCAAGUGGCCUGUUUUCAGUCAAACUCGCCGUUCCAUCCCCUCCUUCUUGCCUGGUUUAUAUAGUCUUCCUCUAAUGGGCGGGACAAUGAAGCUAACUCGCACGGGAUUGGCUAGUAGCGCACACUUUCACUGAGUCGACCAAUGAGAAGAGAGUAGCUCAGCCCCGGGCGGACUUUGAGGAGACGCGCGGUUAGUUUUAGUUUGUGUUGGUUGGGCAGAGGGGAGGAGGAAGAAGAAGACGAAGAAGAGGGGGAGGACGAGGACUAAAGGAGGAGGCGACGGCUGUCAAUGUUUUUUUUUUCUUUCUUUCUUUCAUUUAUACCAACAGGCACGUUUUCUUUGUCAGUACUCCGGCGGGAAAUACAUAUGCAGCCCCUCUGUGUUGACCGGAGAAGACGUCUCCAUUUUGGUGGACGCCGGAUUUAGACGAAGGAACAUGUCAGUGAGUGUAAAACACGACGAAACCUGCUCCACUUUGACGGUACCCAACUCCGUAUAAGCUCGGACAUUACCAGGAAAAGGAUAUAAGGAGUGUUCCAAUUCCUGGUGGACAUGUUUUUUUGUUAGGAAAUGGAGCCGGCUAGUAGCCGAGUUAGCUAGUGCUAACUCCGGGGAUACAUGACGUAAAAAAGGCAGACAAUGUGGCGUCUUUUCGGGUGUGUGAGUGAAGCGAGCGAGUGUGCGCUUCAGUCGACGACAACCGGUGGUCGUUAAAGCUCCGGUGUGUGUGUGUGUGUGCGUCUUUUUUCGAUGCGCCGCCCUUUGCCAUCCAACCUCGUCCGCUCCAUCACUCACUAAAAAACACUUCCCCCCCCUAUCAGCCGACAUGUCUGCUUUGACGGCGGUCUGUUGAAUUCCCGGACCAAAAAAAAAAAAAAAAAAAAAUCUCGGAGGUGGAAGACAGAUUAAGACCCCCCCCAAAACCAACCGGAACCGCCUAUAUGAAGAUGCUGAUGUGUGACCGCGGCGUCCAGAUGCUUGUGACGACGGUGGGCGCGUUCGCCGCCUUCAGCCUCAUGACCAUCGCCGUGGGGACCGACUACUGGCUGUACUCGCGUGGGGUCUGCCGUGUCAAGAGCAACAACGACAACGACACCAGCCGCAAGAACGAGGAGGUGAUGACGCACUCCGGCCUCUGGCGGACCUGCUGUCUGGAAGGAACAUUCCGAGGUGUGUGUAAGAAGAUCGAUCACUUUCCGGAGGAUGCUGACUACGAGGCGGAUGCUGCUGAAUACCUCCUGCGUGCGGUGCGUGCCUCCAGUAUCUUCCCCAUCAUGAGUGUGGGUCUGCUGUUCUUGGGAGGACUCUGUGUAGCCGCCAGUGAGUUUUACCGCAGCAGACACAACGUCAUCCUCAGCGCAGGAAUCUUCUUCGUCUCGGCAGGUCUCAGUAACAUCAUCGGAAUUAUCGUGUACAUUUCGGCCAAUUCAGGCGACCCGGGUCAGAGCGACAGCAAGAAGUCCUACUCCUACGGCUGGUCCUUCUACUUCGGCGCCCUGUCCUUCAUCAUGGCGGAAAUGGUGGGCGUGCUGGCCGUGCACAUGUUCAUCGAGAAGCACCGCAAGCAGCGGGCCAAGUCCCGCACGGAGCUCAUCAAGAAGUCGGCCUUCAGUCGCAUCCCCUCCUACCGUUACCGCUUCCGGCGCCGCUCCAGCGUUCGUUCGUCGGAGGUCCCCAGCCGCGACACCUCACCGCUGGGCAAGGUCGGCUACACAGGGCCCGGCGCCUCGGAGAUGCCCAUGUACACGCUGAACCCCCGCGAGGCGGGCAACGCCGCCACCAAAUCCGGCCUUGGCGGGCUGCUCAACUCUGAGAGGGAGUUCCUCCAGAGCAGCACGCUCACUAAAGACUACAGCAAGGACCCCAACCGCAGGACCACGCCCGUCUGAGAGGUGCCCGCCUGCAGAUAUCACCUAAUCAGAGUAGCAAAGACAAGUAGUGCAAGCUAAAGUAAGGGGACACAGGGUUAAGAGGGAGUGCAAAUCGGGGUGUAAAUCGGGGCCGGGGGGGGUGGGUGGUGGGGGCGGGGGUGGGUGGGUGUUCCGAAAUACCUUGACUGUGAACUGUGAACUUUUAGCCUUUUGAACUGUGAAUCCUGAGCCCCGGUGAGCAUUUCAAUGUGUGUAGCACGAGCCGUUUGGAUGGAGAACUCGUUCACAUCUCCACCGAAGCUCAUGUUUCUCCAGUCGGCACAUUCGAUUCUUCUCAUUACGAUUCACGACUCUUUUCUUAAAUUGGCCUUUUGCCUUUUCUUUUCUUUUCUUUUUUUUUUUAAUGGGACUGACCCAAAGUGACUUCUUUGGUGGUUUGCUCUUCGGGGCAGAUUGGCCUAGAAGGUUAAUGGACGUUGAACCGAAGGAAGCGAGCGGGAGGGGCGGAGAUAGAUAACCUUUCGGACCUCUGCUGCGUCCUUCCUGGGUAGCGGCAAGGUCGGGAAUGGCGGGGAUGCUGAUCAUUUUCAGUUCAGGUUGUGUGGCAUGUCUACUGUAUGUAUGUACUGUAUAAUAUAUAAUAUAAUAUAAUAGUAUAGUAUAUAAUACUAUAUAUAUAAUAAUAUAUAUUAGGGAUUGACCGAUUUUUUUUUUAAGUAGACCGAUUUUUUUUCCCGGUUCGAUACAGAUUUUUUUUGUGGCACGUCUACUGUAUGUAUGUACUGUGUAUAUAUACUAUAUAUACAUAAUAUAUAUAUAUAUUAGGGAUCGACCAAUUUUUUUUUUUUUAAGUAGACCAAUCGACUGAUUUUUUUUUUUUAAGUAGGCCGAUUUUUUUUUUUUCGGGCCGAUACCGAUUUUUUGUGGCACGUCUACUGUAUGUAUGUACUCUGUAUAUAUACUAUAUAUAUAUAUAAUAUAUAUAUAUAUAUAGUAUUAGGGAUCGACCAAUUUUUUUUUUUUUAAAGUAGACCAAUCGACUGAUUUUUGUUUUUGAUUUUUUUUUUCGGGCCGAUACCGAUUUUUUGUGGCACGUUUACUGUAUGUAUGUACUGUGUAUAUAUAUACUAUAUAUACUAUAUAUAUAAUAUAUAAGGGAUCAACCGAUUUUUUUUUUUAAGUAGACCGAUCGACUGAUUUUUUUUUUUUUUUUUAAGUAAACCGAUUUUUUUUCGGGCCGAUACCGAUUUUUUUUUUACUGUAUGUACUGUAUUGUAUAUAUAUAUAUGCUAUAUAUAUAUAUAUGCUAUAUAUAUAUAUAUGCUAUAUAUAUAUAUAUAUAUAUAUAUAUAUAUAUAUAUGUAAGGGAUCGACUUUUUUUUUUUAAGUAGACCGAUCGACUGAUUUUUUUUUUUUUUUUUAAGUAGACCGAUUUUUUUAUUUUCGGGUUUUCUCGACAAUGUUACUAUAUUUGGUCAUGGUCGUGCAAAGGUGACUAUAGGGAUGCUAUUUCACAUCUAGAGGGCUCUAAUGUUAAAAAGUCUAUUUAGAAGGUCAUAAACGUUAACGUGUAGGCCUCACAAUUAGGAGACCCGAGUUCGAUUCCACCCUCGGUUAUCUCUGUGUGGAGUUUGCAUGUUCUACCCGUGCAUGCGUGGUGGGUUUUCUCCGGGUACUCCGGUUUCCUCCCACAUUCCAAAAAAAAACAUGCUAGGUUAAUUAGCGACUCCAAAUUGUCCAUAGGUAUGAAUGUGAGUGUGAAUGGUUGUUUGUCUAUAUGUGCCCUGUGAUUGGCUGGCCACCAGUCCAGGGCGUAUCGGCCGAUACCGAUUCAAGUAAAGAACGCAAAUAUCGCCCGGGUUGAUCCUUACUAUAUAUACUGUAUAUUGUAUGCUUCAUGUUUCAUUACUUUCUUCGUCACGACACACUGAACUGAAAGUGAAAGCAUCCUCAGCGUCGGACCCCGUUGUGUAGCUGAUCUCUGGUCAGUUGUUUGUGUUGCCAGAGGUUCCAUCUCCUCGAGAUGGUCGUUUUUUUGUACGUAGCUCAUUGGUGCUUCCUUCUACUUCCUCUUCUUUUCUCGAUUUAUUUUCUUCACGUUCGUCUGCCUUCACGAACUCACUCCCCGUCACUUCCGCCCUCCGCACGCCACCACUUUCCACGCUCUCUUUUGUCUUCCAUCCGUGUCAUCUCGCCGCGUUGGGCUUGAGGAACGUGCGAAGAGAAGAAGACCACUUAGCUGUGAAAUAUGGGUUUCUCGGAGGAGCCAUAAACGACAUUCAAACCCAAAAAAAACGGAAAACGCUUGCCCCCCGCUACCUCCCGUGGAAUGUUGUUCCGAUUAGUCGGGAAAAAAAAGUUGUGCGUCUUAAGUCUCUCUUGUGCAAAUCGGAAUGUGGCACGCCAUGUAAAGCAGACUAGAGGAGAGUCCCAUACAUUAUUCAGAGGUUUGCGCUCCGUCUAUUGAACUGUCACUCACCGCCCCCCCCCCCAACCCCCCCCACCCCGCCGUUCGCUUCUUCUUAUCGAGCAUACAUGUGCACAAACCGUACUCAUACGCGCUUUCUAUCUGUGACCUCGUCGAGAACGCGUCGCCGUACGUCUGUUUUCCUCACGUACAUAUAAAGAUACGCCUUGUUGCUGUCACGCCAUCACAGGAAGUCGCCGACGACGUCUGCAUUAACACGCAAGUGUUAGCGGCUAAGCCUUUCAAUUUAACCGCAUCACAGAUUGCCAAGCACGAUUUGACGUGAUUCAUUGCGGGGGAAAAAAAAAAAAAAUGCUAGCGCAGACUCGCCACAGUCGGGAAUCUAUCGGCAAUGCAGACGUUUAUUCUAAUACAGUAAUCCCUCGCCGGAAAUAUCAAUUCAUAAAUCAUCGCCGUCUCAUAGUCCGAUACGGCCUCUUAUGAGUCCAAUAUUGUUACCUAAAUUUAGCAUUUUUAUGCAUAAAAAUAGAUAAGACGUAAAAUACAAAUUGAAGGCAUUCAUAAGACGCAUUUAAAGAUGUUGUUAUUCCACACUGGCCACCAGGUGUCAGUAAUGUUACUGUAAUCAAGUUAAAAAAAACACAAGGCAAUGUGUAGGUCUAUAUUAUGCCUUAUUUAUGUCUUAUUUUCCGUGAUUAUGUCUACAAUAUUGAAUAAUAUGAGCGUAAACGUGACUAUAGGGGUGUUAUUUCAUGUCCAGAGGGCUCUAAUUAUGUUUAAAAAUUGUGAUUACAGGAUUGGAAACAGGUUUAUAAAUAAUAGAAUUAAAGAAUAGAAUAGAAUAGCAUUAAAUUCAAAGACAUGAUACUAUGUAGUAUUCUACACUGGCCACUAGGUGUCAGUAAUGUUUUGUUGAUGAGACACAGGAAGUAAAAAAAAAACACAAGGCAAUGCGUAGGUCUAUAUAAAGCCUUAUUUAUGUCUUAUUUUCUGUGAUUAUGUCUACAAUACCGGAUAAUAUGAGUGUAAAGGUGACUAUAGGGGUGUUAUUUCAUGUCUAGGGGGCUCUAAUAAUGUCAAAAAACAUAUUUUAGAAAGCAUAUUUCAUAUACUUUCUGCCGAAAUGAAGCAUUUCUAGCACAAAAAUGGCUAAAUGAAUGAUAAUAUGUAGUAUUCUACAUUGGCCACUAGGUGUCAGUAAUGUUUUGUUGAUAAGACACAGGAAGAAUUCUUAUUUAUGUCUUAUUUUCUGUGAUUAUGUCUAAAAUACUGGAUAAUAUGAGUGUAAAGGUGACUAUAGGGGUGUUAUUUCAUGUCUAGAGGGCUCUAAUAAUGUAAAAAAAACAUGGUUUACAAGCAUAUUUCACAUACUUUUGCCGAAACAAAGCAUUUCUAGCAUAAAAAUGGCUAAAUGAACUACAAUAAAUAAUACAAUCAAAUUCAAAGACAUUAUGAUAUGUAGUAUUCUACACUGGCCACUAGGUGUCAGUAAUGUUUUGUAGAUGAGACACAGGAAGUUAAAAAAAAACACAAGGCAAUGUGUAGGUCUAUAUUAUGCCUUAUUUUCCAUGAUUAUGUCUACAAUAUUGGAUAAUGAGUGUAAAGGUGACUAUAGGGGUGUUAUUUCAUGUCUAGAGGUCUCUAAUAAUGCCAAAAAGAAAGAUAAUACAGCCUUUUAGUAGUCCAAAGAAAGCAUAUUUCAUAUAUUUUUUGCCAAAAUGAAGCAUUUCAAGCAUAAAAAUGGCUAAAUGAACUACAAUAAAUAAUAGAGUUAAAUUCAAAGACAUGAUAAUAUGUAGUAUUCUACACUGGCCGCUAGGUGUCAGUAAUGUUUUGUUGAUAAGACACUGGAAGAACUCUUAUUUAUGUCUUAUUUUCUGUGAACAUGUCUACAAUAUUGGAUAAUAUCAGUGUAAAGGUGACUAUAGGGGUGUUAUUUCAUGUCCAGAGGGCUCUAAUAAUGUCAAAAAGAAAGCUAAUACAGGCUUUUAGUAGACCAAAGAAGGUAUAUUUCACAUAUUUUUGCCGAAAUGAAGCAUAAAAUGGCUAAAUAAGCGACGAUAUUGGAUAAUAUGAGUGUAAAGGAUGACUAUAGGGUUGUUAUUUCAUGUCUAGAGGGCUCUAAUUAUGUUUAAAAAUCGUGAUUACAGGAUCGGAAACAGGUUUUCUCUGCUCUAACCACAGAAAUAUUCCAUUUAUAAAUCGGGAAUCCUACUUAAAAUUCACUUAUCACACUUAAACAGCGGUAAACGAGGGAUUACUGUAAAUUACUCUAAACGACGGACAGUAGUGGUUGAACAAAAGCGCAAUAUAAGGCCUAACUUACCCGCCCGUCAUCUAAGCGUUGACUAAGUCUAAGUCAGUUUUAAAAAAAAAAAAAGGGAUGGAAAAACUCCAGGCGGCACUUGAACGCAUCACACAAGAGAGACGACAACAGAGCCAUGAAAGUAAAGAACCGUCUUUUUACCUUUCAUAAUAAAAGACACGAUGAAUAUGAUUAUUAUUGAAGCUUCAAUGGACCAGCUCGCUUCGAUAUGGACUCAAACCGGCCUGUCCUUCAUAUUGUAAAUAUUAAUUUUUACAACAUCAGCAGUUGUCCGUUGUCACGGGCUGUGAAAGGGAACAAAAAAAAAAAAAAUGUGCUUUUCUCUCAAGCAAAGGGCUUUUAAUUUUUCAAGAAGCGGAGCACACAAGGGCUUUCUAUGCUCGGUGUUGCACCGACAUUGUUCAAAGGGUGUUAAGUGGAUAGGGGAGGGAUGCGUGAAGGCGGGAAGACAAGGAAAAGUACAUUUUGCACGGGAACAAGCGUUUUUUUUGAAUAGCUAACGAGCUAACAACACUCGCCCCCCCUGUUAGCCUUUUUCUCCGACUUGAAAAUAGAUUUUUUCCGAAUAGAUCGAGUCUUACUCACGUAUGUUUAUCUCGUUCGGUGCCAAAUAACUCAAAAUAUUCCUCCAGUCUGCUUUGACUUGGUAUAGCAAUUUAGCUAGCUGGUCAUUAGGGCCCACAUUGGGGGGUCCGUAAAGUGGGGUGUCAUUUAUUAACCCGUGUCUCCAAUCAUACGUAUUCAAUGUCUGCUUAAUUUCCUGCGCUUCCUUUUUUUACUCGGUGUGAAUCAGCACCCUGAACGCAACACAUCUUCCACUCAUCCAUUACACAGCAUUGGACUGGAUAUAAACAAAUAACUGUGUUAUUAGUAAUUCUAUAUAUUCUAUUCUAAAGGUGCCACUAUGCCGAGGAUGACCUCUGUCGCAUAUUUAUUCAUCUAUAGACAGUUAGGGGCGGGGACAAAGGGAGGGGGGGGGCGGAUUUUGGGAGUCGUGUGUGUAUAUUAAUCUACUUUCCUUUUCUACUUUGUCGGGGGGUUGUUGUUUGAUUCCCAUGUGCAGCCUCUGUGAUAGGAAGGGGAGUAUUAAUCCACUUAGCGGGACAGUCGACAUGCUACAAAAAAAAUACAGUAAUCCUUAGUCACCUUGCAAUUUUUUUUUGGUUUUUUUUUUUGACAAAAUUAAGCAAAAAAAUGUCAAAUUGAAGUAAAAUAUACCGUAUUUUUUGGACUAUAAGUCGCAUUUUUUUUCAUUUUUCAUAGGUUGGAUGUUCCUGCAACUUAUAAAUGAAAAAAACUACUAAAAAAAAAUACACUUAGCGGGAUGGUCGACAUGCUACAAAAAAAAUACAGUAAUCCCUCGUCACCUUGCAAUUGUUUUUUUUUUUUUUUUACAAAAUUAAGCAAAAAAAUGUCAAAUUGAAGUAAAAUAUACCGUAUUUUUUGGACUAUAAGUCGCAUUUUUUUUCAUAGGUUGGCUGUUCCUGCAACUUAUAAAUGAAAAAAACUACUAAAAAAAUCCACUUAGCGGGAAGGUCGACAUGCUACAAAAACAAUACAGUAAUCGCUCGUCACCUAGCAAUUUUUUUUUUUUUUUUUUGACAAAAUUAAGCAAAAAAAUGUCAAAUUGACGUAAAAUAUACCGUAUUUUUUGGACUAUAAGUCGCAUUUUUUUUUUAUAAGUUGGCUGUUCCUGCGACUUAUAAAUGAAAAAAACUACAAAAAAAAAUACACUUAGCGGGACAGUCGACAUGCUACAAAAACAAUACAGUAAUCCUUCGUCACCUUGCAAUUUUUUGGGUUUUUUUUUUGACAAAAUUAAGCAAAAAAAUGUAAAAUUGAAGUAAAAUAUACCGUAUUUUUAAGUCGCUUUUUUUUAUAGGUUGGCUGUUCCUGCGACUUAUAAAUAAUAAAUAAAUCAUAUAAAUAUAAUAAAUAAUAUAAAUAUUAUUUAUAAAUAAUAAAUGAAAAAAAAAAUUAUGUUACAUAAACAUUAGACAUUAGCCUUUUGUUUUUAUGUUUAUUUUUUGUGUAGCUGAAUAACCAUUGUGUUAGCAUAGCUUACACCUAUUAGCAUGUUCUCUAUUUUUUUAUUAUUAUUAGAACUUCCCUUCCAAGACGACGUAAUGUCUGUUUUGGUCAUAAAAUAAAUUACCCGCAAAAAAAAAAAAUGCGACUUAUACUCCAGUGCGACUUAUGUAUGUUUUUGAUGCAUUUUUAGCCUUAGCGACUUAUAUCCGGAGCGACUUAUAGUCCAAAAAAUACGGUAAAUAGAUUGCAUUCAGAAGACACAUUCAUGUGUAUGUAGUAUUCUACACUGGCCACUAGGUGCCGGUAAUGCUACAUUGAUGCUACAGUAGCCACUACAGGAAGUAAAAAAAAAAAAAAACAACAAGGAACUCCUACCAAGUGUAUGAGUUGAUAUUAUAUCUUAUUUUUUGUUACUAUGUCGACUAUAUUGGGUAAUACCAUCGUUAAGGUGACUAUAGGGGUGUUAUUUCCUGUCUGGAUGGCUCUAAUGUCGCACAUUUAAAGAGGCGUAAGGGAGGAAUUGUGGGUCAAGUUAUGUGCCUGCAUGUUUGUGUGUGUGUUCAUAUCCACUCGUGUGUGUGUGUUUGUGUGUGUUUGUGUGUGUGUGUGCAGCUCGCCUCUCCUCACCUGUACACAGAGUGCCUGCCUUGUCCUGCCUUCAGACAGCUCCCAGAUCAGCCAAGGGGCUUUUUGUUUUUGUUUUUUUCAGUGUAACAUCCUCUACGUCCCCCCCCCCCCCCCCGUGACCUUAAACGGGUCGGACUUGAACGGGGGUCAGUUUUACACGGCUAACACAACAGGUUCUUUUCUCGUAUUUCCUACUAACAACGUUGACAGGCGGUGAGAUUUGUGUUGGGAUGUCUGACUGAUGAUGUGUUUGUCUUUUAUGUUUGACGCUGUCAUUGAUUUGGGGACUGGCAGAGGGGGACCGGGGCGGGGGGGGCGGAAAAUAAUCUAUGGGUACCCUAAUGACCGCCGGUCUCGAAUCAACACACACACACACACACUGACACACACACUCUUGUAGACUGUUGUUGCUCAUUUCUUUCCAAUCUUGCCCAAGAGUGAGUGUGUGUGGUUAAUUAUGCGUGUGCAUGAAUGUGUGUGUAUGUGUGUGUGUGUGUGGCUCAUGAUGUAAUAUGGCCAUCAGCUGGUUGGAUCCCCAUUCAGACUUUGAAUGCUCCUGAUGAUCUGAAGGUUUCACAGUCUAGAAUAAUGACGGUUCGUUUUUGUAAGCCCCAUUUUUAGUACGAUUCAUUUUUUUGCCCCAAUUUUCAUCAGAUUCGGAUUUUAUUGAAAAUGUUUUUGUACAGAGUUUGGGUUUUUGUUCCGACUUUGGAACAAAUUCAGUACUUCUAAUUCAGAUGAUCACGAGGUUUCCUUUUUCCGUCACAGUCUAGAAUAAUUACGGUUGGUUUUUGUAAGCCCCAUUUUUAGUAUGAUUCAAAUUUUUGUCCCAAUUUUCAUCAGAUUCGGAUUUUAUUGAAAAUGUUUUUGUGUGUUUGUACAGAGUUUGGGUUUUUGUUGCGACUUUGGAACAAAUUCAGUACUUCUAAUUCAGAUGAUCACGAGGUUUCCUUUUUCCGUCACAGUCUAGAAUAAUUACGGUUGGUUUUUGUAAGCCCCAUUUUUAGUACGAUUCAUUUUUUUGCCCCAAUUUUCAUCGGAUUCGGACUUUAUUUAAAAAAUUUUAUGUGUGUUUGUACAGAGUUUGGGUUUUUGUUGCGACUUCGGAACAAAUUCAGUCCUUCUAAUUCAGAUGAUGAGGAGGUUUCAUUUUUCCGUCACAGUCUAGAAUAAUUACGGUUGGUUUUUGUAAGCCCCAUUUUUAGUAUGAUUCAUUUUUUUGCCCCAAUUUUUGUCAGAUUCGGAUUUUGUUGAAAAAAUUUUUGUGUGUGUUUGUACAAAGUUUGGGUUUUUGUUUGCGACUUUGGAACAAAUUCAGUACUUCUAAUUCAGAUUAAAUCUCCGUUGUUAAUAUCGGAAUACACUGACGUCCGACACACAGCUGCAGAUAUCUGCUGGGAAAAAAAUUUUUGUUUUUUUUUGUGCUUUUUCUUACAUCCUACAAGCAUGAAUAUUAAUUUGACAGCGAUUGUGUUUUAUUUUGAAAUAGUUUCUCCCUCAAGCCCUGUGCUCCCUGUCGAGUCGAGAAUAAUGACGGUUGGUUUUUGUAUCGCCAUUUUUAGUACGAUUAAUUUUUUUUUUUGCCCCGAUUUUCAUCUGAUUCGGAUUUCAUUGAAAAUGUUUUUGUUUUUUGUUUUUUUGUUGCGACUUUGGAACAAAUUCAGUACUUCUAAUUCAGAUUAAAUCUCCAUUGUUAAUAUUGGGAUAAACUGACGUCCGACACACAGCUGCAGAUAUCUGCUGGGAAAAAAAUUUUUUGUUUUUUUUUUGUUUGGUUUUUUUGGUGCUUUUUCUUACAUCCUACAUGCAUGAAUUUUAAUUUGAGAGCGAUUGUGUUUUAUUUUGAAAUUGUCUCUUUCUCAAGCCCUGUGCUCCCUGUUUACAUGCAGACCAUUUCUCCGGUUCUAAACAUUCGAUCCACCACGGAUGAACGACUCCAAAUCAACAAGAACCAAACUUCCACGGUAAUAGUUUAUCCGUCCUGACCGAGGCGUUUACGGGGAACUAUCAGAUUUUUUCAGUCAAAUUUGAACGAUUCCUUCAGACUGUUAUGUAACACACAAAAAAAAGCCAUCUUUUGUUAAGGCUACAUUGACAAUACCGUCAUCCGGUUGCAAUGCAAACAAUACAGUCAUUAUUUUAUAUGCAUUAUUAUAUUGAUACGAACUUAUUGUUUAAGCAAGGAUGUAUGAGGGAAGAAAAUGUGUCGGUGAUGCAAAUUUGUGCUGUGAUGACUUGUUUUUUUUCGCCCCUGCUUAUACCUCUGAGCCCCAUCAUGAGCUACACUACACACAAACACAUGUGCAUUCUCACACACACACACACACACACACACACACGUGUCGUUGAAAUCACAGGCAAACAGACUGUAUUCCCUUCACAGCUUGAAUACACAGACGAGCCUGUUCUCAACAGAAAUGAGUAGGAUUUGUACAAAAAAAAUUUUUUCGUAUUUUUACGAUAUCAAAAAUAAUACGCUUUAAAGCCAGAUUGUGUUUAAAAAAAAUAUAAAAAAAACGUCAACACAAUAACCAGUUCCGAAAGUGACAUAACGACAAUUGGUACACUUCCCUACUAAAUUUGGUUGAGGACAGGCGGCAUGGACACACACAUAAACACACACACACACACACACGGCUGUGGGCCUGACUCUGUACACUUUAUAUAACGGAAACCUCCAACUAGCAGCCGUCUGACACGGACAAAUGCUGUGAAUAAAAAGCACACUUUUACUUACAUUAUAUAGAUAUGAUGACCUAUAUCUAGAGAGAAAGAAUAUUGUAUACAGUAUGAUGAAUAGAAAAUAAACAAGACACCUUUUCAAUGCAACUGGUGUGGGUUCAUUCUGUGUUUUGGAUGCUGUUGUUUCCUGUUUUCAUAAAGUAGCAUUUAAUAUCAAUACACUGAAUAUGAGUAGUUAGAGCAUAGAAAAUAUAUAUAUAUUUUUACCAUGAUUAGAACUCUGUAGGGGUUGCACGGUAGACAAGUGGUUAGCGCGCAGACCUCACAGCUAGGAGACCCGAGUUUGGGUAUUAUUCCAGCCCUCUAGACCAGUGAUUCCCAAA